AUGAUAGUAUUCGUUGACGAAAACAUUUCGGGGCAACGACGUCGACGGCGCCUGGAUAAAAAGGUGAAAAGGGCCUGUGAUCCAAUAGACAAAUCACCGAGAGUAGAAUUUACCUCCAGAUCAUUUAUCAGGCCAACUUCAAUAAAACAGGGGGGCCUACUGAAAAAUAGAACAACAGGAAGGAAUGGGACGCUUGGAAUGGUUGCACGUGCGCAAGAUAGACGAGAGCAAGUUGAUGAGCAGGAGACCGUGGUGGCAUUGACGAGCGGACAUUACUUCAAAGAAGGUGAUAUUGCUGUUGGAUAUUUAGGUGCACAAAACGAAACCGAAACAGAUUUAGGCCCAUGCAUCGCCAGUCUUCUGGGAUCUACCGACGUAGCGGUAAUCAAAAUAUCAGAAUCAGACACAUAUUCAUUCAAUUUCUGUGACGAAAACGAUAAACGUUGCAACUGCGUUCCGUUGAAACACGAAAUGAAAAUGCAUGAUAUUGUCUACAAAAGAGGUAGUAUAAGUGGAUUAACAAAGGGUUAUAUACUGAGCCCAGAUUUCCAAGUCAACAACUCUGAAAAUACUGGACGUCAAGGCGAACCUCAAAAGGGCUUUCUUAUCGAAGGAGCUAAUCGGACAGCAUUCGCUGUACAGGGCGACAGUGGAUCCGUCGUUUUCUCCCCCGAUUUAGGAGACAUGGAAAAAGAAACAGUUCAACUAGUGUCUAUACAAUCGUCAACCAUUGAACUACGAGCUGGACAAAUGCGUUUUGAACAAAAGUUCAGCUUCGCGGUUAGAGCUGACAGAUGUUUCGAGAUGUUGCGCGAUGAAAAGGAAAUUGAAAUGAAUAUACCAACAAAGCAAGACAUGGACUGA